UCCAACCUACCGCAUUGCUUCUCCUAGAAACAUGGCGCUUUGGUCAGCUCAUUUGGUAGAAUUGGGUUCAAAGCAUAUGCACGAAUGAUCCAAAGCCUGUUGAGCUUGGCCUCGCUUUUCUGCAUCAGAGGGCAGGAUGGAACUGAUGGAACGUUCUACUUGGAUGCCCUCCGCGACGUCACGCAGGAGGAUGGAUCCUGGCGAUCCACCAUUGAGCAGCUCAACAACCACGGGAGCGAGCAUCCGCAGGUGGAGCUUUCAGGUUUCCUCGACUUUGGCUGCGUGCGUGCAGUGUCCGUGCCGUCUGUCUGCCAGGCCACGACGCUCACACAGAGCAGCCGCCUGGACUGUGUCUCAUGGUGCGAGGGUCUUCCGCUGGGCAGGCUGCCCAGAACGCUGUUAGUGCGAGGAAGAGAGUGCUUUUGCUGCGAUUCUGACAAUGUUCUCGGCGCAGCAGAGGCUGCAACUUGCAAUUUGCUGUGCGAUGAUCAGGAGCUAGGCAUUUAUGCAGCCUCGGCUUUCCAGUCCAAGCCUUCCGUGCGCUGCGGCGGCGCGGAGCACGUCUACUCGGCGUUGCGAGAGUUCGACGGCCUCAGCCCGCUCGGGCGCCGCGGCGUUUUUUCGGCGCGCUUCGGUAUCUGGUACCAGGUGGUGGUCGCCAGUGUGCCGGCCAGUGUUCAAGCUGAUGUUCCUCCUGGCAUCACAUGGCAAACGUAUGCAGAUGUCUCCCACUACUUGCACGCGGUUGCUAUUGAGACUGGGCAGCCUGUGUUCCAUCACCACAUGCGGUUAGGGUUUGUUCCUGAAUGUAUCCAAUAUGAUGGUGUUGCUCAAAAAGUGGUGACACUGGCCCGGGCUACAACAGGCGGCGUGUAUGUAGCCCUGCUCUGCCCUGGCUGUCCCAUCCGCGUGGAGGUGAUGGAAGCCCUUUCCACCCAAGAGGCUGACCAGUAUGAGCUGUCUAUGCCGGCUUGCUCCUUUGACCCGGAGGGGCGCGUACUGGCGCUGGUGGUGGUGCCACGGUCCGGUGCAGCUGUAACGGCGAGCUUGUUAGAAGUGAACAUUGUGCACCGCACGGUCUCGUGGAAGGCCUCCGAGCAGUUCGAGGAGGUGGCCGCACUCGAGCUCUGCAAGCCACUGCCCAGUGAAGCAGAUCAACCACCCGGCUUCACUGCGCUGUUCACGGCUCCGGCGCAAGCCGGGUCCGAAGGGGAGUUCCUGCUUGCUGAUCCAGAGGCGUUCGGCACUGUCCAGUUGCCGAGGUGCUCGGAGGAUGGGCAGGCCUGUGCAGGGGCUGGGCCAGAUCAGGAGUUUGUCUACUUGACAGGAUCCGCAUCGCAUCCAACACAUCCGUUUGUUUUCUUCGCCACGGAGCCUGGGGAAAACUCCUCAGACGUUGAGGGUGAGGCUCGUGUUGCCCAGUCGCGCUGUGAUGGCUCUGGAUCCUUUCUCUGGACUGCCACGGGCGACCGCUCGACCAUUGCUAUAGAGGCACCGUUUGACAGAACAGACCCUGCCGGGUGGCAGCUUGCCGCGCCACGGCUCAUUCUGGCGGAGUUUCUGACGAGCGGAAGACAGAUGAUGCUGACCUUCAACAGGCCCACCUUGAUGGGAGCGCAGCCCAGAGAUACGGAUAUGGAUGGCAUCCCGGAUGCGCACUCUGAGGCAGAUGCUUGGGGAGCCAACUUCCCUUGCCACUGGGUGGUGGGCGUGCAAACAUUGCAGCAGCUGAUGCUACAGGACUCUAGCUGUACGUGGAUGACAGAGCAGGAGCUAGUGGUCGACUUGCCGGCGGAGAGCCCUGCGGACAUAGGCAGCCCCGUUUUUAUCCGCUCUGGUGUGCUCUUUGCACAUGCGCCCGGAUCAUACUCGCCACCUGCAAGUGGCGGGGUCUUCCUUCAGCCGCCGCAGUCGCAGGCGCGUGCGCCGGAGCCGGUGGUGUCAGGCUCCCGACAGGUCGAUUUCUGCAGCAAUCUGGAGCUGGACGCAUUGGCCAGCCGCUACACUGCGGGCCAGCCCAAUGUCACUUGGCGCCUGGCGAUGGCAACGUGCCUCACAGCAGAGGAGCCAUCGCCAGCUGGCUACUGCAACACCACAGACAUAGAACUCGCAAUGGAGGCCGCUGGCACCACCCUGCAGAUUGCAUCUGACGAGCGGCCGGUGGAGUUGCGGGUCUUGGACAUUGAGGUGGUGGUGUUCAACCGCUGGGGCAUCGGGGCCUCUUUGAUGGUCCAGGUGAACAUCAGCCAAGUGCCGCAGCCUUCCUUGGACAUCUCUGCGUCUCCGCUGAACGCAACUCCCUUCCAUGGCGUGGCGCUGCGUGCAGACGUGAAGCAGUCUGGCUGCCUACAAGCACCUCUGUCUUACUCCUGGAGUUUGCUUUCCGUUUCGGCUUCGCCGGCUGUGACUCCAAGCAGCUCUCAGGCAAUGGAAGACCGUGCUUGGCAAAUCUGGGAAAGCCCUGCGGGCGGCAGUCAGCUUGCCAUCGGGUGGAACUCGCCAAGCCUGCUCUUUCCGCCUUUGUCGCUGGCAGCCGGAGUCAUCUACACCUUUGAGCUGGAAGUCAAGCCGCUGACCAGCUUGCCCGGCUACGCAGCGGCAACAGCCAUAGAUGUUCGUGUAGACCCGUCACCACUACAAAUGGCUUUCCAGCAGCCGCUGUCUGUGAUCAGGAGGUCCGAAGAUGCCGAGAUCGACAUGGCGCCGUCCUUUGACCCGGACAACCCUGAGGCGUUGCUGCCCACGCCCAGCUGGAGCUGCAAAGCGCUGGAGCCGGAGGAUGCGUGUGAUGGCCUGGCGCAGGUGCUGGCAGCGGGCAUUGCAAACUGCACAGACUCAGAUGCAACAGUGCUAUUGCGGGUACCAUUGCCAUUGCGGGCUUUCGCGUGCAGACCUUCGCCUUCCGCAUUGCUGGUGCGCGGAAUCCUCCGCGCGGGGGUGAAAGUCCAGCUCGUGGCCAAGGUUGCUGCGGACAUUGUGCCAUCAACUGACGUUUGGUGGAGGAGCCCAUCGCUGCUUCUUCGGGAAGCCACGGCGUCGGCAGAGGUGGUGGUCCUCGAGGACACAUCCCUUGCGUUGCAGCCAAUUACAGCUUGGAUCGUGUCUCUUUCGCGGUUCCGCCUUAGCGAACACCAGCCGCUUCGUUUGGAGGGAUUCGGCGUCGACGAAGCAGCAGCAAGUGCUGCAGGUGCGUCUGUGCUGGGCAGCUAUGGCAAUCUUGCCUACAGCUGGGAAGUGGAGAGGUUCAACUCCAAUCCAGUGUGGGAUGCAACCAGAGCUGUGCUUGAGGGGGACAGCUACCAGGUUCCUCGAGAGAUCUACUCAGCGGUGCCCAGCACGCAGGCACGUCUGACAAACGUCUCUGCCGGCAGUUCACUGGUGCUGCCGGCGAAGUCGCUGGCCGCAGGCGCCCAGUACCGCUUUGUGCUGAAGGUCUCGGACCGAGACGACCCAGCCAGGUUUGCUGUCGCGGCUGUUGAGAUCAAGGUGAUUCAAAGCCAACCUCUCCAAGGAUUGCUACGAGUCACGCCAACACAGGGCACCGCAGGUGUUACCAGCUUCGCGCUAGAGGCAUAUGGAUGGGGCGCAGAGGAGGAUGGAUUGCCGCUGCUGUACGACUUCGGCUACAUUGAUGACUCAGAUGCUUUUCGGCUUGGCGGCGGCUUGAGGGAGAUCGGCUUGGGAACUGGUCCGCGCGCGGUGCUGCAUACAGCAGAUGUGCCUGCAGGCCAGAUAACAUUCUUCGUGGACGUGUACACCACAUGGGGUGGCUCACUUCGAGCCACUGCAGCCGCCACUGUGCAUGCGCUGCCACCAACAAAUGCCACGGCGGAGCGAAUGCGGGCCAUGCUGGCAGAGCUGGACUUGGUGGAGCCGGCUCAAGCUAUUUCGAAGCUGCCAGUCUUGUUGUCACAGUUUCCAAGCGAAAGUGGGAAUGUGAGCAGCAGCAUUCUGAUGACAUCCUUCCUGAGCAGCUGGUCGAAGAAUAGGGAUCGACUCCUUUCAAGCACCGCGGUAGGCUUGCCCUCCUGGCCACCACCAGGGCUGGGCCUUACGCUGUCUCUAUUGCUGGAGUCACUGCGACCCAUUUGCAGACACUUCUCGGGCGACGAAGCACGCCUGGAAUGCGCCAAAGGCUUGAGGCCGCUGGUAGCAGCGUCUCUUCCCAGCGCCUCUGUCAUCGACAAGCUGCGGCUGAUGCCGGAGCGCUGCCCAGAACCUAUACUUAAGCCUGAAUCCAGGCUUGCGUCUUCGAUGGUGCGAUCUUUGGCUGACCUGGCUUUGAUGGAAAGACAGGAAGCUGCGACCAACCGGCGCUUGGCCGACACUUCAGGUGGGGACAAUAGCAGCGGAAACAGCAGCAACGACAGCAACGACGGCAAUGGCAGCACCGGUAGCAUCAGCAACACCAGUUUGACCCAGCAAGAAGGUGUGCAAACCUCUGACCUCGCGAGCCCGAUCCAGGCCAUGACUUGGAUUUUGGACUCCAUGGCCCAAGCGCACUACACGCUGACGCCCCACCUCACGCCAGGUGAGUCCUUCGAGAUCCUGGCGCCGGGGAUGCGAUUUCUCUCCACGCGCAUGGAGCGCGGAGAGAACCAAUCCACCUACUCCGCCACCAGGCCCUUCCUCCUGGAAGAUGAGUCGGGCUUCCUCAACCCUACUAGUUGGCUUUAUGUCGGCUUGGGCAUGAUGACUUCUCUGGAGCUUCCUGACGGCGUGUUGCCGACGAACUCGACUGGCGAAGCUGGCAGCCUGCAGGACGGCUCGGAGAGCGAGCUGCCAGUAAUUGCGCUGCUGGCUGUGUGUGACUCUGUGGGCAUCCCGCGCAAGGCUACGGCCAAGAUGUUCGGCUACCUCCAGGAGAUAGAGCCUGCAGCCAGCUGCUACAGGUGGCAAGCUGGCGAGAGCCCUGGCUGGCUGCGUGAGGGUGUCGCAGUUGAAGAGUCAGGAUCCUGCACUGUGACCGUCGGGCCAGAAGGCCACGUUGGCGUGACAGUCCUUCUGGGCCUGUUCCUGGACAGUGAAGAGGCGCCAAUCCCCGUGGGAGAGGCCUCAGAGCUAGUCGGAGAGCUUGAGAAGGAGACUACGCCGCCACCGUUGCUGGCCGCAUUUGGCGGCGUGGCAGCCUUGCUUCUCCUCAACGUAGGCAUCGCAGCGCUGAGCCGGCUCGCUGACAUCAAGGUGAAGUCUGACUCCAAGGUAAAGGCGCCGCCGCGGGAUUAUUGGGAGACGCCAGGCUACAAGUUGGCACGAGUUCUACCAGACCCUCUGGUGUACGGAACUGAUGCUGAAGAGAUUGGAGUGCACAUCGUCAGGAGUUGGCUCUCCGUUUGCCUGGCUUCGCACUUGUUUGUCGGUAUAUACUCCUCCGACGAGAAGGUGCCUGUUCAUCAAAAGGUCGCAGCACUGUUGGCCACUUGCGUGGCUGCAACGGGCUGUUCCUCAGUGCUGUUGGUACGGCUUGGCUACAGCGCUGGUUUCAGCGCUGCGCUGGGCGGAGCAUGCGCUUGGCCGCUAGGGUUGCUGAUGAAAUGGCUGUAUGAGUGGCGGCCAUGGUGCCCUGCAGAAGGAGAGAUCCUGAACGAGGUCCUGGACGCAGGCGAACAAGCACGCAUUCAAGACCUGCUUGCCGACGACAAGGAGGCGUCCUCGGUCAGAACCGAUCCGGCCAAAUCCCCCUUCGAGGCCAGCAGCGGGUCGGAGGGCGAGAAGCAGGACCCCCCAGGCCAGUCAAAGCAGAAGCUGGUGAAGAAGCCUUCCUCCGAGGCCGUCACUGAUGCAGCUGCUGCGGGCGCUUCUGCAGCAUCUGCCGCAUCAGCAUCUGCCGCAUCAGCAAAAGCGGAGCCACAGACGCCGACCAUUGUUCUGACAGAGACGCCUGGGAUGAAAGGUCUGCGGUUGGGCGCUUCGCCGCAGCGCAUGGACCUCCUUCGCGUUCCGGCAGCUGCGCCCCCGAAGUUCCCGGCACUGCAACUGCUCAAGUCCAGCCAGAGGAUGCAUCGAUUGCCAAGUCGGCAGUUGUCUCUGCCGCCCUCAAGCCGAGAGCGGCGUGCGGCAGCUGGUGAUGAGGGCACUCCACAUUUGCAAUCUGCUGGGCUGGUUUUCGCAUCGAAGUCGCUGGAUGUGCCCCUUUGGCUACAGCAGGCGAGAGCUCUGCCGAAGGCUGCAGAAAGCGGCUUGUACCAUCAAGGUGAUGGGCGCCGCCUCUCAUGUGGGGCCGUUCUUGAAAAGGCCGCCACAUGGCAAAGGCCCGGUGCCGUAGCGGGUGAGAGCGGCCAAGCUCUGAGCUCAUGGCCACCUGCAACCGGGCCCCUGCAGAAGGACUUGGAGCAGAAGUCUCGAUCAAAUGUGCAGGCGCUGGAGGCGGCCAGGCUCAUUGCCACAGGGGAGCUUCUGGCGGCUGCAGUAAGUGACCCUGCACUGCCGAUGCGGAACAUGCCCCUGCUACCAAUUCGCGUACCGCUGAGGCCCCUACCGCCACCAAGCCGGGAUUCGAUGACCGAGGCCUUGCGAGAAGUGGACGCUCUUCUGGCCAGCUUGCAAGAGGAGCCGCCGCCUGCAGCGGUGGAGCUACUAGAGCAGCUCCCUUAUGAGGAGCAGUCUCUGAAGCACAUGAUGAAGCAGAUCCAGCGCAUGGAAUCUGCGCACGUCCGUCGACUAGAGCGGGCGUAUGUGCAAGAGGCCAAGCAGCACCUACCCGAGGAGGUGAGCCUUGUCAUGCUUCUGCUGGCAUAUUUGGCCACCAUGGGCUUGUUCAUGGCUGGUGUGGGCUCCACGGUCAGCUACUGGGCCUGGAUCGCCCCCUCAGCGGUUGGGGACUACCUGGCGGCCAUCAUGGGGUCCAUGGCCACCGUCUCUGUGUUGGAACUGCUGCGCAUGGUCCUCAUCUUGCUGGUGGCAAUGAGCCGUCUGGAGACCCUGCGCAGGGAAUCGCAGGCGCGGUGGACCCGCAAACACCCGGAACUUUUGGAGGUUCGGCCUGCUGCGCCGCUGGCCUCAAUCCCGGGCCCCGGCAAGCGCAGGUGGCCAGGCUUGCCACCCCAACCGCAGCCGCCGCCGCCGCCGCCGCAGGUGCCGCGUAGCGCCACAGCUUCUCGCGGUGCAUCAGCCUCAUCACUCUCGCUCAAGAGCCAGGCGACACAGAGCGGUCUCUUUUGGGCCCUGCCACGGAAGCUUCGUAGGGGGCUUUGGCAGUCUGCGCGGGUCUCGCCGGAGAAAGGCGCCGAGCAGAAGCCGUCCGCAAGGUGGAGCUUUUUGAGGAAGGUGGGCAUUCAGCCUGACGAUCAGUUUGGGGUGGUACCCACGGCUAAGGCCCAGGCAAGAGAGGUGCAGCGUGGCCCGCGUGUUUCGCAAGACGAGGUGAAGCAGCGCCUGGAGGCGCGCGAAGCCGAGCGGGUGGCAAAGAUGAUGGAUAUGGUUCCGCCCUGGGAGCCGGAACGUUGGGCCCAGCGUGUGCCAGCGCGCUCUGAAGCACCUGCAGUUACAUGGCCUUCAGCUUCUUCCGUGUCUUCAAAAAGGACCAAGACCAACAAGUCGAAGGGCUCCAGAGUGCGCUUUGCUGUCACGCCAGAGGAGGAGAUGUCUGCCAUCGUGCCGUCUGGCGCGCCCAAAAGGGCCCCAGAACACCCAGAGCAAUGAGCCGGUGGCUCAUGCAUGGCCGUGCCGCAAAGCGGCUGGGCCUUGGAGGAUUUUGAAGACGCUCAGUCUCAGUUGCCCGGGUGAGCGGAGAUGUUUCAGAGCGAGUCCAGCAAUGACGAAUGCUCGGCCCGGGCGUGUUUGCAGGACCUCUUUUUCCUUGCAGGGGUAGCAAUCUGAGAGGGCCGUGGAG